AUGGAGGGGACUGGCGACAGACGCGAGGUACCUACGUCUUCGCAGCGGACAGGCACGAGGGUAGCGGUGGUGAUGACCAGCUCCCUGGAGCAGUGGGGAGGCCUCUUCGAGCCUCAACCGGUGAAAUCGGUACGUCUUUAA